GGCUCUGCCGCAAGCUCCGAAGAUGCCGCCCAAGGGAAAAAGUGGUUCCGGGAAAGGGGGGGAAGGGGGAGCAGCCUCUGGGAGUGACAGUUCUGACAAGAAAGCUCAGGGUCCCAAAGGUAGUGGCAGUGCGGUAAAGGUCAGACACAUUCUGUGUGAAAAACAUGGGAAAAUCAUGGAAGCCAUGGAAAAGUUAAAGGCUGGGAGGAGAUUCAAUGAAGUGGCCACACAGUAUAGUGAAGCUAAAGCCAGGCAAGGGGGCGACUUGGGUCGGAGGACCGGAGGUUCCAUGGUACCAUUUCAAGAAGCAGCAUUUGCCUUGCCUGUAAGUGGCCUGGAUGAGCCUGUGUUUACAGACCCACCAGUUAAGACAAAAUUCGGAUAUCAUGUUAUUAUGGUUGAAGGGAGAAAAUAAAACUGUACAAAAGA